UAUUAUUUAUUCUCUCUCUUCCCACAAACAUAAAGCAGAUACAACAUCCACAAACCGUCUCAAACAUUCCUUUUUCUUCUUUUAAAACCACUUGUUCAUAAAGCUGCUCAUUUUUCCUUUUCAGAAAGAAAAAAAAACUCCAUUUCUUGCUUUUCUUCUUCCUCCUUCUUCAUCAAUGGAUACUGCUCAAUGGCCUCAGGAGAUAGUGGUGAAGCCAAUGGAAGAGAUAAUACAAAACACAAAUGGAUCAUCAAAACCUAAUUCAUGUGUAGAAAGAAAAGUUAGGCCACAAAAAGACCAAGCUUUGAAUUGUCCAAGGUGUAAUUCAACAAAUACAAAAUUUUGUUACUAUAACAACUAUAGUCUUUCUCAGCCAAGGUAUUUUUGCAAGACUUGUAGAAGAUAUUGGACUGCUGGGGGAUCUCUUAGAAAUAUUCCUGUUGGUGGUGGUUCAAGAAAAAACAAGAAAUCAUCAUCUAAUUCUUCUUCCUAUUCAAAUCAUGUUAAUCAUGUUAAUAAUCCUUUGAAAAAACUUCCUGAUUUGGUUAAUCAACCAUCUCAUAAUCAUGAUCAAAACCCUAGUAAGAUCCAUAUUGAAGGGAGCCAAGAUCUUAACUUGGGUUUUUCAUCUGAUUUCAAGACUAUCACUGAGCUAAUUCAGGUACCAAAUUAUGAUGGAAGCAACAAGGACAACAACAGUCCAAGUAUUUCUCCAUUACCUCCUCCUCCUCCGUCUUCUUCUUCUUCUGCGUCUUCGUCAUCUCAGCUUUCAGCUUUGGAAUUAAUUAAUGGAAUAACAUCAAGAGGGAUGAAUAAUAAUUCAUUUAUGUCAAUGGCCAAUAUUUCAACUGAUCCAAAUUCAGUUUAUAAUAACUCAUCUGGAUUUUCUUUGCCAUCUCUAAAUUUCUCAUUGGAUCAUGGACUUGGAAAUGCAGCCUAUGGAAAUAAUCUUCAAGAGACAAAUACAAGUGGAAGAUUUUUAUUUCCUUUUGUAGGUUUAAAACAAAUUUCAACCACAAAUACUACAAAUGAUGGUGGUAAUGAGAAUAAUAGAGAUCAUCAUCAGCCUGCUGAAGAAUCUACUAAUGGAUUUUGGAAUGGAAUGUUAGGAGGAGGAGGUUCUUGGUAAAAAAAAUAUAUAUAUUAUACAAUAAUAUUUCAAGGGUUUUUCUUCUAUUUUCUUUCUGGGGUUUCUCCUUUUUUUUUCAAAAAAAAAAAAGAUUUCUUUUUACUAGUAAUUUUAUGAUUUUUCUUGUAGUGUUUAUUGGUGGGGGUGGCCUUGUUUGGAUUUAAUUUCUUCAAAAUUACUAACUCAUAGGAUAAAAGGAAUUCUGAUUUCUCCUAAUUAAUCUUUUUUAGUUUACUUUACUCUCUCAUUUUUCAUAUAAUUGUCAUUAAUUUACUUUUGAUUAUAGUUGGUGGAAGUUAUCUGAAAGAAAGGGAAGCCCAGAUUUUUUGGAGGGCAAGAAGACAAGAAUUUGUGAUGCCUAUAAUUAUUUUCUAUUAUCAUAAAAAGGAAGGCAAAGAGAUCCCAUUAAUUAGUGUUGUUUUAAUUAAUGUCAUUAGAAAAAUAAAUGUAUUAUAAUGUAUAA